AUGGGUCUUUCUUCUCUAAGUCAAGCAUUUUUGGCUUCCAUAGACUCGAAUCAAAAUACACGUCUUGCUGCCGAAGCACACCUGGAGGCAUGUUCAUCUAAUCCAGACAUUCCAUUAGCCUGCCUAACUUUGGCAGUGUCUUCCGAUUCACAUCCGGUAGUCCAACAAUCCGCAGCGGUAUUUCUAAAAAACCUCGUCCUCAAAUAUUGGGCCAUAUCAUUAAGCAGUGCUAAUUUUACUUCAAACAAAAGUUCACGGCACUCAUCUCCUCCGCUGAAUAGUUCAGGACCAGCUGAUGUGACUACCUCAGCUUCCAUAAACACACCCGAUUUAAGCAUAAACUCUUACGCACUUCAGACCCCUCUUAGCAUAAACAAACCGCCGCCAACACCAACUGGAAACAACCCGAUUCCCACUGGCCCUGUUGUCCUUUUGGCACGCUCUCCAUUCACAAACUUUUCAAAUAUACAAAUAAAUGAGUUUAAGCAGCAGGUUCUGUAUUCACUCCACCUGGCAUCCCCCGUUGUGGCGAAUUAUCUUUCCACCAUCAUUAGCAUAUUCCUUAAGACCUCUGGGAUUCCUCAGUGGCCAGACCUCAUGCCAAUCACCAUAAAAAUGCUAACCGAUUCUGAUCCAAAUGUUAUCUUUUCUGGUGUCUUGGUAUGUUUGGAAAUUAUCCGCUAUAUGAAUAAUUUACCAUUACAAAAUCAAUGGGCAGGUCAGCUAAGAAUUGAUAUUGUUUCACUUCUAUUUCCCCAACUUUUAAAAAUCGCACUUUCGCUAUCUUCUGAAACACACUCCCGGGCAGGUCUUAUUCUUUGGAAAAUCUUAAAAUGCUACAAGCUUGCCAUUCGACAGGAUUUUCCUGAAUAUCUCCAACAGGAAGCUCAACUCAAAGAUUGGCUCUCCUUUUUUUUGCAUAUUCUCUCCUCCACUUACACUUCAACUAAUAAUAACUCAGUUUCUUCCUCUGCUACGGUAACAUCUCCAUCAGCCUCUUCUACCCCAUUGACUUCUUCACAGCAAGAAUGUCCAUUAGGUUCAAAUAACAAUAAUAACCCUAAUGAUCAUUCAAGUAAUAGUUCAUCGUCAUCUUCAUCAGCAUCUUUUUCAUCCUCAUCCACAUCACCAUCUUCUCAGGAUUCUUUUUCGGACUUUUCAAGCAACAAACUUUUAGAUUGUGCAGCCAGAUCAUCAGUGUGCAUAUGGUCUAAAUGCAAAAAAAAUGCGUGCAUUAUUCUUUCACAUUUGAUGGUUACUUACACUUCUCACACAAGCUCACGUGUUUCCCAAAUUCGUGUCAAGAAGAACUAUGCCCGGUUUUCUGAAAUUUAUUUACGGUACUUUGGUCCAGACAUUUGCCAUGUUUUUGUUAAGGAUAUUGAGACGUGGGGCCAGCAUUUUUCGUCUAAUUCACGCACUAAUAAUGCAACUGAUACUCCUUUAAACUUAUCAAGUUCUCCAUCAGCAGUGGAAGCAAUUAUUAACUUUUUUGAGAUUGCUAUUUCUAUUGAUACCCUUUGGCAGAAAAUACUACCAAAGAUGGAGGUCAUUGUUUCACACCUUAUUUUCGGGAACCUAAUGCUGUCAGAACCAGACUUAGAGGCAUUUUACUACAACCCAGAAGAUUACAUUUUAACAAACAUUGAAAACUCAGAUUUUUCAACGCGUGGCAAGGCUCUUAAGUUCCUUAAACUUCUCGUGAAGGAACGUCAAAAUGACAUGUUUCAAGGAAUCAUUAUGUUUAUCAACAGGUCCAUCUCGGGCUACAAUGAAGAUCCUAACAAUUUACAACGUAUUUUGGAAAAAGAUGCAGCCUUGCAGAUGAUGAUUGAACUUAAGAACAAUAUUACAGAUGGCACCUCACCUAUAUCUUCUCAAAUUAACUCGGUCAUUCUUGAACAGGUGAUUAGCAAUAGUCCUGUAAAGAAUAAUGGAAAUACUCAAACAAACAAAAGUUCUGACAGGUCAGUUAACCAGCAUCAAGCAUUACUUCUUUCUCGAUCUUGUGAAGUUAUCACUAGCUUUAGCAAUGUUGUUUAUACAUCUUCCGAACUUGAGCAGGUUUUCCGUCAUGUCAUGCGAUGCUUUAAUGAUCCUGGAAUCAUUGUCCAAUUUAAUGCAGCUUUUGCACUCCGAAUGCUUUUUACCAACUAUGAUUCUAUUUGUGAAGUGUUAGGCGACGAAAUUUCUCAAAUUAUGCAGAAAAUACUUCAUUUAUACGAAGAAGUUAAUUCUGAGUGCUUGGCUUCAGUUAUGGAAGAUCUUAUUGAUAAGUUUACAGUCCAGCUUGCUCCCUUUUCGUCACAGUUGUGCUCGCAAUUAUUGGACCAAUUUUUCCGCAUUUUGGGAGAGAUCAAUGAUCAUAACAGAUCAAAUGAUGACGUUAAUGAUGAUUCUGAAGGAUUUUCAUUUGUGGACGAUCGUCAAAUGGUUGCUGUUGGAAUUUUAAAUGCUCUUGGAACUCUUUUAAUUGCUUUAGAAAAGUCUCCAACACAUAUUGCCAAACUGGAACCAUAUCUUCUUCCAAUGUUUAAAACUAUCAUUGAGAAUGCUAAUUACACAUUUUACCAGGAGGUUUUUGAGCUUCUUGACACCUGCUUGUAUACGCUUCGUUGUAUAACACCGAAUAUGAUCCAGGUGAUCGGCAUGAUGCGCAACGGCUUUAAAAAGAACCCUUCGCAAUGCUGUGAGUACUAUGGGCCUGUGCUUUGCAAUCUUUUCAAGUUUGGGUUUUCUCAAGCAAAGCAGCAACAGGUUCAACAACAGUUUAAUGAGUCUAGAAACCAAAUCACUGCAUAUCCCCCAGAUUUAAUCGAUUUAUCUUUUGAAUUUGUUUCUUACUUUUUGGCUCAAAAAGACGCUGUUACAGGUGAAGAUAUUUCACCUGAAGAUACAGAAACAGCAUGUACAGUUGCCCAAACUCUAUUUUUAACUGCUGCUACUGUUGGCCUCCAAUUCGAUACCACAGAGCAAAAAUACUUUUCUGAGAUUAUUGCCCGGUCUUUGGGUGCACUUUCGCGGGUAAUUUCUUCCGUGGUUACAUACCGGGCUUUUAUUGAAGUGAUUUUAACAGCUGCAUUGUAUAAUCCUUCCCAAGUAUCUGACAUUUUGAUCCAAUACAAUUGUUUUAAUUGGAUAAUCGAUGUUGCUGCUUCGAGGUCGAAUCUGUUUAAUAGACCAUACGAUAAAGCUGUUGCUGGGCUUGCUUUACUCAAUAUUGCAGGUGCAUGUUCAGAACGCGGUGAUGGAUAUGAGGAAGUUUUUCCCCGCGUUUUGAAUCUCGUGUUGACGUACAUGUCGGGUUAUUACAAGCACCAACAGCAAGAACAGCAUAAAGCUCGCAACAGAAAAUCUUUUGUUUUUGCUCCAAACAUUGUAUCUUUGGAAGACCCAUUUGUUUACGAAGCGCAGAAUCAACACGAGUCGACAACAAAUGGUAAUGGCGCACAGCAGUUUACUUUUGUUGAUGAAUCAGCACAGAGCUAUGGAUCUUCUCCGUGGACAGGAAACUCAUCAUACCAAGAAUCUCUUGUUUCGGACCCAGCUUUGGAUGCGGCUUUAGAUAACUUGGGCGUUUUCCGCAUGUACCAAGAAACAAUGCUUCGUCUUGCUGGUCCAGAUUCGAUUGCUUUGGCUCGGAUAAAUGUCCCAACAACACCUGUUUCAGCACAUCAUACUCUUAACUCGCUUCCUUCGACAUCUUCGCCUGGACCUGGUAGCGUUGUCUCACUGGCAGGAGCUUCUGCAACAUCUGGCUCUGGGGGUCAGGACUCUCAGGGCGACCGAAACCGUGCCAGCAGCGGAUUUUCGUCACCAUACGAAGCUUCAGUGGCUGGAUCAUCGCCUGGCGGCGGAGCCGUGGGGCUUGCUGGAAGCAGACACAGUAGCUUUUCUGGAAGUAUCGAUGGCACGCAUUUAGGGAACAAUGGGCCCACUACCCCAAGUCAAGCAUACUACAGCAGGGUUUUAUCUGAAGUUCUUCAAGAUCAUGCUCUAUUUUCUGUGCAUCGAGGUAUAAUUGGCGCUGUGGGAUGGUAA